AUGAGCGUGCUGAUGCCCUGGUUGCUGCUGUUCCUUCUCCUGGUCAGCUUUGGCUCACCUGCACCCAGGCUCUCGGAAAAAGAUAUCUGCCUCCUAGACAACAAUAAAUUAAGACAAAGGUUAAAACAGCUUCAAGACUUGCUUUAUUUAUAUGAACUGCAACUGAAGGACAUCCUGGAGAACACUUACCAUAGAACAAAAAGUGGGCUGUUCUCAGGCAACAGGAGCGUGCAGCAUGAGAUGCUUUUACCCACAACCAGUGGAAAUUUGAUAGUCUAUGACGAAGAUUGCUCUGCAGUGUAUAAUCGGAAAAAGACCAAAAAUGGCUACUACCGGAUCAGGCCCAGAGCAGACCGAGAGCCUUUCCUGGCAUACUGUGACAUGUCUGAUGGUGGGGGGUGGACCGUCAUUCAGCGGCGGAGUAACGGCAAGGAGAAUUUCAACAGGAAAUGGGAUGAUUACAAACUGGGAUUUGGGAAAUUCCAGGGCAAGAAUGAUGAAUACUGGCUGGGCAACGACCACAUCUAUGACCUGCUCACUAGAGGAGAGAGCUCAUUAAAGAUUGACCUGAUGGACUGGCAUGGGGAAAGACGUUAUGCAAUCUACGAAAAUUUCCAGCUUGCAGAUGAGCAG